AAAAAAAAAAAACUCGCCACCCCUGGCCCUGAUCAGAUCUACACUUCCUCCUCGCACCAGAAAUUUUCCGGAGUUCGUUCCUUUGCUCAUACCAUUUUCGCGAAUUCAAAAAAUGGAUUUCAUGAAGGUCUUCGAUCAAACGGUUCGAGAGAUAAAGAGGGAGGUGAAUCUGAAAGUUUUGCAGGUUCCAGAGAUGGAGCAAAAGGUGUUAGAUGCUACUGACAAUGAGCCUUGGGGUCCGCAUGGUACUGCUUUGGCAGAGAUUGCACAAGCCACUAAGAAAUUCUCGGAGUGCCAGAUGGUUAUGGGUGUUUUGUGGACUAGACUGACUGAGAGGGGAAAGGAUUGGCGAUAUGUGUAUAAGGCGCUGGCUGUUAUUGAUUAUCUGAUUUCAAAUGGGUCAGAACGAGCAGUUGAUGAGAUUAUUGAGCAUACGUACCAAAUAUCUUCACUCUCGAGUUUUGAGUAUGUUGAACCGAAUGGAAAAGAUGUGGGAAUCAAUGUGAGAAAGAAGGCGGAGAACAUAGUUGCCCUCUUGAAUAAUAAGGAGAAAAUCUCAGAGAUCAGAGACAAAGCAACAAUCAAUCGUAACAAGUAUGUUGGCCUCUCAUCAACAGGAAUAUCAUAUAAGUCUGGUUCAGCUUCGUUUGGUGGUAGUUUUCAAAGUGGUUCAAGCAGUUAUGAUAGGGAUUCCAGAGGAAAAGACAAGGACGACUACGAGUCUUUUCAAAAGUCAAGGCGCGGUGUUAAAAGCGAAGAGCGACCCCUCCCCCAUUGAUAUGCCUCGGUUCAAUCAUUGAUGUGCAGUACGGACCAUGAUAAUCUAUCCAGUGGAAAAAAGUCACCCGACUCUGGAAAACAUAGUUCCAUACCUUCACAUGCAUCUGCAGCUCCUUCAAACAACGAUGAUGAUUUUGAUGACUUUGAUCCACGUGGAACUUCGAGUAAUAGUGCCAACCAAGUGGACCUUUUUGGAGCAGAUCUGAUUGGUGACUUCUUGGAUUCUGGGCCAACUGAAACAUCUUCCACCAACAAUAAUGGGAAGUUUCAAGAGGCGGACUUGUUUGCUGAUGCAUCUUUUGUAUCAGCCUCCAGUCCAGGAACAGACUUUGGGUCGCAGACACAGAAAGAAGUUGAUCUUUUCUCUGUAUGUGAAACUUCUGGCACGGUUUCUUCAGCUCCUCCGACGGUUGAUCUUUUUGCAUCUCCUGAAACAGUUGCACGCCCAGAAGCCAAGAUUCCUAAACCUGAGCCGAUGACCACUCCAAGCAUUGUUGACCCAUUUGCUGCAGUUCCUAUGGAAAAUUUUGAUGGAUAUGACCCUUUUGGUGCCUUCACUUCUCACUCGGCUUCAGUCUCUACAAGUCCACAGGCUCCAGUUCUACAUGGGAGUGCAACAAGCACCACAAGCCCAAUGUCUUUGGCAGACUCAAAGCCACAGCAGUUGCAAAAGAAGGAUUCUUUCCAAGUGAAAUCUGGAAUCUGGGCAGAUUCACUGAGCCGUGGACUGAUUGAUCUCAAUAUAACUGCUCCUAAAAAGGCUUCUCUUGCGGAUGUGGGCGUUGUGGGAGGCCUGAGCAAUGAAGAAGGGAACAAGGCAUCUGCUGCUGCGUACUACUCAGGGUGGUCCAUGGGUGCAGGAUCCGGGCUGGGUAAAACGGGACUCUACAGUGCACAGCAGCAGCAACAACAACAAACACCUGAUGAUUUCUUCUCCAGCCUCAGUAACCAAAGGUACCACCAAUCCGGAGGCUUUAAGCAGUGAAUUGCAUCAGAUGGAAAAAAGCAUAUCAGGCUUGAUUCUACAUUCAUACUGGAAAAAUACCUCUGUUUUAUUAUAUUGGGUUUGUUGUUCUUACACCUUGAUGCCAUUGUUGCUGUGACCAUUACUUUGGGUCUAAAAUGAGAGAAUCUUAAUGGUUUCUGAGAAGAGAGUAUCAUCACCGGUCGUUAAGUUUUGUUUCGGUGAUAGAACAAAGUAUAUGUAUCUCGUCCGGGCCUUACAGAGAAUUCAUUGGCAUAUUUGUCCAUACAUUUUUCCUUUCGUUUGA